AUGGACACGGACAUGGUCAUGGACAUGGACACGGACAUGGUCAUGGACAUGGACACGGACACGGACAUGGGCAUGGGCAUGGGCAUGGGCACGGGCAUGGGCACGGGCAUGGGCACGGGCACGGGCAUGGACAUGGUCAUGGGCAUGGUCAUGGCCACGGCCACGGACAUGGUCACGGUCACGGACAUGGACACGGUCACGGACAUGGUCAUGGGCACGGACACGGUCAUGGACAUGGACAUGGGCAUGGGCAUGGACAUGGACAUGGUGAAGGUCAUGGUCAUGGACACGGUCACGGACAUGGGCAUGGUCACGGACAUGGUCAUGGUCAUGGGCACGGGCACGGGCACGGUCAUGGACAUGGGCACGGACACGGCCAUGGGCAUGGACACGGACAUGGGCAUGGACAUGGACAUGGACAUGGUGAAGGUCAUGGUCACGGUCAUGGUCAUGGACAUGGACAUGGGCAUGGACAUGGGGAAGGUCAUGGUCACGGACAUGGGCAUGGACAUGGACACGGUCAUGGUCACGGACACGGACAUGGGCAUGGACAUGGUCAUGGACACGGGCAUGGGCACGGACAUGGGGAAGGUCAUGGUCAUGGUCAUGGACACGGGCACGGACAUGGACAUGGUCAUGGACACGGGCACGGACAUGGGCAUGGACAUGGUAAUUAAAAUUUAUAUUCAAGCACAAAAAUUGCGUUCCGCAUUAGUUUUAUAG